UGUCAGUGUGUGGUGAGUUGAGUACGGAGAUCCGAGUGUCUGCCGAGUAUCCUCGCGAGGAGUCUGAGUUCGUCCUGAAAGGCAACGCUCGGGGCACAAACUGCUCAAAAGACGCGGGAGAUUGUGACGUCGUCUUCCGCCACGGCUGGCUGUUAAUUAUACAGCAAACACGUCAAGAGAAAAGCAGCGACACCAACAAGACCUGUAUCUGGAAAAUUAUGGAAGAGGUUCAGCAGCCAACGCCAGACAGCGGCACGAGGAAGAGGGAAGACUACCUGGAAUGGCCGGAAUACUUUAUGGCUGUAGCCUUUCUGUCAGCCCAAAGGAGCAAAGACCCAAGCUCACAGGUGGGCGCAUGUAUAGUGAACCAGGAGAAUAAGAUAGUUGGCAUUGGUUACAAUGGUAUGCCCAACGGCUGUGAUGAUGACCAGCUACCCUGGUCCCGUUCUGCUGACAACCGGCUUGACACAAAAUACCCCUAUGUGUGCCACGCCGAGAUGAAUGCCAUUAUGAACAAGAACAGCGCUGACGUGAAAGGCUGCACCAUGUAUGUGGCUUUGUUCCCCUGCAACGAGUGUGCCAAGCUCAUCAUCCAGGCCGGUAUCAAGGAUGUGGUCUAUCAUUCUGAUAAGUACCAUAGGAGUCUGGAGACGGAAGCUUCUAGAAGGCUGCUCACUAUGGCACGCAUAGAAUUCAGGCAGUUCAAGCCCAAGAGGACUGAGAUUGUCAUUGAUUUUAAUUCCAUUAACAACCCUGGAAUGCUGAACAGCGCGACCAAGUGAAAACGCAAACGGCCCACCUGAGGGAGGAAGAGGCCGACUGAUGAGAUUUAAAGGGACUUUGAUGCCUUUCUUCUGUGUGUCUUCUUGCCCCCUGCUAUGUCCAAAGGAAAAGUGAAGGAUACCUUGACUUUGGUGCCUUUUUUAUAUUCUGGUUAACUGUAUAUUCAAGAUAGUUUGAUUUGGCCCUUUGAGGAUGGUGCUUCCCCCUUUUAGAACUCCCUUUUGGGUUCACACGUACACAAGGACUCUGAACCCACUUCCUCAAGUGUUGAUUUUAAAAAUGAUUGUUGUGAAUCUGAUCUUCUCAUCCUUCUGUUUUGGGUGAAAACCUGAAAUAUACUUAUUUUCUCUCCAAAAAAAAGUUUGAGAUUAGUGUUUAGGCUCCUUGGCAAUUGGUUUAUUUGACCUUUCACAUUUACAGUGUUAUUUGAUUCAUCCAACCAGAAAGUAGCGACUGUUAUGAUGUAGUGUCAGUGUAAUUUUUCCUUGAAACAGGCAUCUAAUACAGAAAUAAGGUCCCAAGGAAGCACACCUGAGACUUAUUUCUUCAAUGCUAAUGCAACAAAAAAGCACUAGUUUGUCAGAUUAGAAGGAUUAAUGGAGCUUCUUUGUGAAUGGCUCAAUUAUUCCAACAUUAGCGCUCUAUUAUCUUUACACGCUGUGCAUGAUAUGGAUUCUUUUAUAUUCCCUGGAGGAGAGAUGCAUCUUAGUUUUAAUGACCAUUUCACAAAUUUUUUCUGAAAGAUGUUUCAGUUCAGUUUAGAUUAAUUUCAUGACCCCAAAAGGGUUUUAGAAACGUGGAUCCUAGUCACUGAUUGUUAUACCUACCAUAAAGAGUAUUCUUUCUGUUUUACUUUUCUAAUAUGCUGUUACAAGUCUGUGAAGGCUGAUCAUUUUUCAUGUAUGUUGAUUAUGUACAUGCUUUAUGCUUUCUACAUUAGUAACUGGUAAACACUUCUAUGUCAAUAAACUGCUGAAACACAUGA